AAAUUGAACACUAAUGACACUCGCACUCUCUUUCUUCUUAUCUUCUCCAUGGCAGCAAUUCUCUCUCCUCAUCUUCACUACCCAUCUUCUCAUUUCAAAGGAAACUUAACCAGUUUAAGGUUAAAGACAUGUACAUUAAUUCCACUUAACUUCAAUAACGCCAAACCAAAAGGCACACAACAACUGGUAGUAAUAAAUCAAGCUAGAAGUACUGCUGCUGCUGCUAUUCAAUCUGCAUCAUCAGGUGUGAGGUUCAGGCUUGACAAUUUAGGACCACAACGAGGUUCUAGAAAGAGAGGAAAGAGAAAGGGAAGAGGUAUAGCUGCUGGACAAGGAAAUAGUUGUGGGUUUGGUAUGAGAGGUCAAAAAUCAAGGUCUGGUCCUGGUGUUAGAAAAGGUUUUGAAGGUGGCCAAAUGCCCCUUUAUCGUCGCAUUCCAAAACUGAGAGGAAUCGCUGGAGGUAUGCAUGCGGGUUUACCUAAAUUUGUCCCUGUAAACUUAAAAGACAUAGAAGCCGCAGGAUUUCAAGAGGGGGAAGAGGUGUCUUUGGAGACCUUGAAAGAGAAGGGCUUGAUAAACCCUUCUGGAAGAGAAAGAAGGCUCCCUUUGAAGAUUCUAGGUGAUGGGGAGCUAAGGGUGAAGGUGAACAUUAAGGCUCGUGCAUUUUCAACAUCAGCCAAAGAAAAGCUUGAGGCUGCAGGUUGCUCUCUUACUGUAUUACCGGGGCGCAAGAAGUGGGUUAAACCAUCAGUUGCCAAGAACCUUGCUCGAGCUGAGGAAUACUUUGCGAAGAAAAAGGCUGCUGCUGCUGCAGCUGCAUCUGAGCCAAACUCUGCUUGAACCAUUUGCCACUGAAUUUUACGCUCAUAAGGAUGUGUAAAAUAACACUUGGAAACAUACAGCAGGAGGGUUCAUUUUUUCUUAUUUGUUAGGUUUCUAACUCUCUUAGAUCUCCAGGCUAUAAUGCCUUUUUGUAUCUUCUAUUCAUUUGAUGCCUUUUCGUAAUUUGGUUUCAUUUCCACA